AAACAUACAAAUUCUUUCGUGUUUAGUACACAUAUUACAUUAAUAAAUCUAAUUGAUAUAGACCUAAAAAAGAUUCACUCGUUUUCUUAAAAAUGCAUUGUGCGAUCAUGUUGUUGGCAGUGAAAAUUGCUGGUGUCGUUUGAAAAAAUCGGCAAAUAGAUUAUAAAACAUGAGCUCCAGACAAGAAGCGCUUGAAGAGUACGCCAGAGCAAUCGACGACUUAAGGACAAGAGCAGAGGGGGAAGGAAUGACUGCAGACCAAUUUGAGAAAAUCCUCAGUGAAUCUCUUGACGAGGUCAAUAAAGAAAUGAAUCCAAGAGUGUCCCUUGUGAAGUCUCUUAGGAAGUGGAUAAUCCGGUUUUCCAAAUUGCUGCUUCUUUGCUUGGCUUUGUACGCCAUGGUCUCCUGCCACACGCCAACCCAAAAGUCACUGUCAAGGCACAUCCAGAGUUUCAUCUACCCUUUUAUGAGAGUCUUUAGAAAGAUUACCCUCCCUAUUCUUCACACCUAUCCUGAGCUAGCUGAGUGGCACGAAGAGCCUUGUUUAAUUAGAAAUCCUUUGUAUGGAUUUCGUGGACCUGACUGUUGGCCGUGUGAGAACGUGCGAAGUGUUCUUACAUUCACCACCUCUCCAGAGAAUUUCGCCGACACUUACUUCCACAGUGGAGUGCCUUUUGUUCUCAAGGGCCAUGCUGCUCUAGUCAAUAAAGAUAAAAUCAAAGAUUUGUAUUCGGAGAAUCAAAAAAUAAUCAACAGAUCAGCUCCGAGGAUUAGUGCUGAGCACAUGGAGUCCACAGUCUACAUGAUCGAUGAUUUUGUAAAAAUUCCUGAAUACAACUUAACUGAUGUUCACCCAGAGGCUCAUUUAACAUGGAAAGUGACUCGUUCUGAAGCAGCUAGAGUUUUAAAAAAAUUGUUUCCACUACCGCCCUUCAUGCCCCCAAACACUGAGGCCGCAAUCCAACGAUUCAUCUUCAUUGAUGGACCAACAGCGCCAACAUACACAAUUCCAUUAACAGAUUUUGCUAAUGUGUGGGUGAGUCAAGCUAAGGGAGCAAGAUUGCUGGCCCUCAAUUCGUCACCUCAGUGUAUCGGCCGCUGCUAUGGAGUCUCAAUUUUGCUGCAGGAAGGCGAUAUAUUGUUUUACAACUGGCAAUUUUGGAGAUCAAGAAGUCUUCCUGUUUCUGGAGCCACAGACACCACAAUUACUUUUGUUGGAUCAUUCUACUAACAAAACCAAAGUCAUUAAAAAUACUAUUAUUAAAUUUAUUUAAUUCAAAGUUCAAACUAAUACUUAAUGCAAAUUUAUUGUACAGGAAAUUUUAUUAAACACUAAACUUGAAGAGUUGAAAAUGCAACAUCAAACUGAUAUUUACAUAAUAUGCUAAUAAGAAAUAAAUAUUAAGAGAUAGGCACUUAAGAGCCACCUGGAAUGA